AUAGAGAGAUGCGCCUGCGUCUCGCGCAGUGCGUGCGUGCGCGCAGAAUUGACAGCCAAGUUUGAGCGGGUUUCGCUCUGUGACGCCGACGCCGUCCGCUCUUCAAGAUGGUGCAUAUAAAGACAAUCGUGUUCGCGGCGCUGCUGGUGGCCGUCGCAGCCAAGCCCCGCCGGAACCACUACAAGCGGGAAGCCCCUAUCCCUCUCCAUAUAGCGCCGCUGAGCUCAUCCUACCUGCCACCAUCGGGCGGCCGACCUUCUAGUAGCUACGGAGCCCCUGCGCCUUCGUCCAGUUAUGGGGCCCCUCCACCCUCAUCCAGCUAUGGCGCCCCUGCGCCGUCGUCAAGCUACGGAGCCCCGGCGCCAAGACCCUCAAGCACUUAUGGAGCCCCAGCACCUAGACCAUCGUCUAGCUAUGGCGCCCCUGCCCCAAGGCCGUCUAGCAGCUAUGGUGCCCCAGCACCUAGACCGUCGUCCAGUUAUGGUGCCCCCGCGCCAAGCAGGCCCUCGAGCAAUUACGGCGCCCCGCCUCCGUCUUCCAGCUAUGGCGCUCCCGCUCCAAAGCCCUCUAGCAGCUACGGAGCACCCGCCCCGUCUUCCAGCUAUGGCGCUCCCGCUCCAAAACCCUCUAGCAGCUACGGAGCACCCGCCCCGUCUUCCAGCUAUGGCGCUCCCGCUCCGCGCCCAUCUUCAAGCUACGGUGCGCCCGCGCGUCCUCCAGCGACCAGCUAUGGCGUUCCCACCGGUCCUUCCACGACCUACAACGCUCCAGCUCCUAGACCUUCCAGCAGCUAUGGAGCUCCCGCACCUAAACCUUCCAGCAGCUAUGGUGCUCCUGCCCCUUCUAGCUCCUAUGGAGCUCCAUCUCCUCCCUCAAGCUCUUACGGCGUUCCGGCUCAGCCCGCCUCAGUCCCGUCUAGCUCCUACGGCGCGCCUUCAAGCUCUUACGGCGCUCCAGCCCCGUCAUCGACGUACGGCGCUCCCGGCGGCAGCAGCGGUAGUAUCGGUGGAAGCAGUAGCUUCGGCGGCAGCAGUGGCAGCUUCGGCGGACAUGGAAGCAGUGGUGGAAGCGGUUUCGGCGGCACCGGCUUCGGAGGUGGCAGCGGUUUUGGAAGCAGCGGACCUUCUUCAAGCUAUGGCGCGCCUUCAGCACCUUCGUCCAGCUACGGGGCCCCGGCUCAGACCCCGUCUAGCAGCUAUGGAGCUCCAAGCUCUGGCGGAUUCUCUGGUGGACAUUCCAGCGGUGGUUUCUCGUCUAGCGGCUCAAGCGGCUUCUCAUCUAGCGGCAGCGGCUAUUCCUCAGGAGGCUCUGGAGGAUUCGGUGGUUCUUCUGGAGGCCACAGCUCAGGAGGCUACAGCUCAGGAGGUUCUGGUGGUUUCGGCGGUGGAUCUGGUGGUUAUUCUUCAGGCCCCGCCAGUGUACCUGAUACCAUCCAACAAAGCUACGACUCUAAUGGCGGCUACUCUUAUUAGGCGGCGUAAAUGUGCUGAUCAGUGCUGUGUGUGAUGCUAGGCGGUCAAGUGUUACCUGAUACUUUAAAGUAGCGGCAAACUUGAAAUAACUUGCUAGGAAUAUAGUACGAGUCAAGUCAGCAGGUGUAAACGGGUGAGGUAUUCAAAAUGCUCUUAUUUUCUUAGCAAAAAAUGUGCUCAGAUCAUUUCGAACACUUUUUCCUUUUACCGUAUUCUGCAAGUAUAGUUUUUGCCUGCGAACUAGGUCAAGAUUCUUUAUUUAUAAUACAUAAAAUUAGGUACAUCAAUGUCAAAAAAAACAACAGGCUUUAGAAAAAAUCUUAUGACAUUAAUAAUUAUCAACUUAAAUAUGUAAAUUACUUAAGUCUGCCAUUGAUAUAGAAAUAUUAAACAGGUAUCUAAUUAAUAAACCAGAAGGCUAGCAGAAUGACCAAAAUGUAUUUCAACUUCUUAUUAAUUUUGUAAAACGAGGGCAUUUGUUUUAAUUCUUCGGAGAUUUAAUGUAUAUGUCAUAUGCAAUUUAAGUUUAAUGUCAGCCUAAAGUCCGAUAUCAGAGAUUUUUCACUCGAUUGAAAUUGUAUAUUAAAAAACUUUGUUUUUAGUCCUGAGAUUUCCAACUUUAGGUUUAGGUUCAGGCCCUUCCACCGCCGUUCCGUGGCCGUGUCGUGUCGUGUCGGUCUCGUCUCGUUAUACUCACUGUGUAUGUAUCGUAGCAACGAAAAGUAUUAAUUAUUUAAUUUUAAUAAGCAAUUGUACAAAAUUUAGUUUAAGUACAAAAUAUUUUGUAAAAGUAAAGUUUUGUAAAUACCUAA